AUGUCUCUCGAUCCUCCGACAUAUCUCUCCUCCCUUCAGAACAACAUUCGCACGAGACCAAUACCAUGGGAUGGAGCUGUUCGCGCGGGUACCGUCAGUGAGGAUCAGUUGAAUAAGAUUCGAGCAGUCGACAAGGUCAGAAAGGAUCAGAGAAAGCAAAUAAUCGAGGGUGAUAUUGAAGGAUACAAGGCACUCUUCGUGGGUUCAUCCAGUACGCCAAGUGUGCUGGAAUCUGCUGCCAAGAGUCUGCCUGUCGUGCAAUACGUACUCGUUUUGUUGAAAGACUUGCUUGAUGGUAUUCCAACUCUUGCGAAGAACUUAGCAGAUCACCCUGAUCCCUUCAAACCAUUCCUACCUCUUCUUGCGCAGUCUAAUGACCCCGAAGCUCCCAUUCCUCUUCUCACCUCGACUGUAUUGUCAACCAUGAUCGGAGGAGCUUCAGGUACUUCGAAACAAGUGUCCGCAGCGCUCCCAAAGUUAUUUACAUAUUUGUCGACGCUUACACGUACAUCUGACGGAGGGCUACAAGAUAUUGCUGUGUUGGAAUACUCAACUUUACUGCGAGGAACGAAAUCUCGAGAACUGUUCUGGCAACACAGAAAGGAUACAAUUGAACCGCUCGUUGAGAUCUUGAGAUCUGCAGCAGGAGUCGCGGCAAAUGGAGACUCAGCCUCUAACCUUUGGAGUGGUACUCCUAGUGUGCGUGAAGGUUCUUUGGGCGGCGGAGUUGGACUCCAGUUGCUCUAUCAUGUACUACUGGUCCUAUGGCAAUUGAGUUUUGAAGGCGAAAAUAUUGGCGAGGGUCUUGAGGAGGAGUUUGAUAUCAUCCCGCUUUUUACACAGCUUCUCAGACUGUCUCCUAAAGAAAAGACUACCCGACUCUUAAUCUCCUCUCUUUACAAUAUGCUCUCAACGAACAAGCAGACCCUGCUACCCACUGCGGUUCUGGCUAGGCUACCUGCCUUACUGUCAAACAUCAACGGACGACAUUUCAAUGACACCGAUCUUCAAGAAGAUCUCCAAAACCUCACGGAGAUGAUCGAAGAGCAUACCAAAACACAAACCACCUUUGAUGAAUAUGCUGCCGAAGUUAACUCCGGACAUCUACGAUGGUCACCACCCCACAGAAAUGAAACCUUCUGGGCAGAGAAUGCACGCAAAAUUCUUGAGUACGAAAAGGGCGAAUUACCAAAGAAACUUGCAGAAAUUAUGAGCAAAUCAUGGGAUAAUGAUAAGCAAGUUUUGGCUAUUGCAUGUAAUGAUGUAGGAAGAUUAGUUAAGGAGGUACCCGAGAAGAGGCUGCAGUUAGAAAAGCUGGGUCUGAAAUCGAGGGUCAUGGAGCUGAUGGUGGAAAAGGAAGAGGCAGUGAGAUGGGAGAGUCUCAAUGCUCUGUCCGGGUGGCUGAGGUAUAGUUUCGAGACCAAGUGA